AAGAUUGGGUGGGACUUUUUCAACAGAAACCCCUUUAUAAACAGGUAGUGUCGUAGCUGUUCACAAUCUGCAGCUCUUUCUUGAACUCCAGCCUUGCUCUCCUCUGAUUUCACUCAUCACUAUGCCUACCCAGCUUGAGAGUGCCAUGGACACCCUGAUCGCUGUCUUCCACAACUACUCCGGCAAAGAGGGAGACCAGUUCAAGCUCAACAAGGGGGAGCUCAAGCAGCUCCUCAGCAGUGAGCUCAGUGACUUUCUGUCGUCCCAAAAGGAUCCGAAGCUGGUGGAUAAGAUCAUGAAGGACCUGGACUCCAACCAAGACAACGAGGUGGAUUUCAACGAGUAUGUGGUGCUGGUGGCAGCUCUGACCGUCGCCUGCAACGACUUUUUCGAGCAGAGAAAAAAGGGAAAGUAACACGCCAGCAUCGGAAUGACAAGGCUGUAUGGAAAUGCUUUUAGCUAUCUGUAAACCUCUCUCUCUCUCUCUCUCUCUCUCUCUCUC